UUUUUUUUUUUUUUUUUUUUUUUUUUUUUUUUUUUUUUUUUUUUUUUUUAAACCCACGUCAUGCUGCCAUGGCCCGUAGCCGCAGCGAGAUGGGAGAGAGAGAGCGAGUAGCGAGAUGGGAGAGAGACAGAGUAGCGCAACGGGAGAGAGAGAGAGAGAGAGAGAGAGAGAGAGAGAGAGAGAGAGAGAGAGAGAGAGAGAGAGAGAGAGAGAGAGAGAGAGAGAGAGAGAGUAGCGCGGUGGGAGAGAGAGAGAGUAGUGCGGCGGGAGAGAGAGAAAGUAGCGCGAUGGGAGAGAGAGCAGCACAGCAAGAUGGGAGAGAGACAGAGUAGCGCAGUAGGAGAGAGAGAAAAGC